AUGUCGGCCUCUGGAAAUAACGCUGCGUCGGGGUCGACCAGCGGUGUGAAGAGUUAUCCUAAGGUUGAUCUAUCAGGCAAUGACCUUCCACCUUCCCCCGCCCCUUCUAGCCCUCAUCCGGGUCGCAGAUACAACAUUGCCACUGAGUUGGUCUUCACCGAGGGCAGUGACCAAUACAAUGCCAGCAGUGUCCCUAUCUACCAGAGUGCUACCUUCAAGCAAACCUCUAAUGCUGGCGGUGGUGAAUAUGAUUAUACACGGUCCGGUAACCCCACCCGCACACACCUCGAGCGACACUUGGCCAAAAUCAUGUCCGCACAGCGCGCCCUCGUGGUGUCAUCCGGCAUGGCAGCUCUGGACGUGAUUACCCGACUCCUCCGCCCCGGUGAUGAGGUUGUCACCGGUGACGACCUCUACGGCGGCACUAACCGUUUGCUUAAGUACCUCUCAACCAACGGCGGCAUCAUCGUUCACCACGUCGACACCACAAGCCCCGAAAAGGUUCAAGAGGUCUUGAGCGAAAAGACCACCAUGGUCCUCCUCGAAACCCCCACAAACCCCCUCAUCAAGAUCGUCGAUAUCGGCGCCAUCGCUACCGCCGCCCACGAGGCCAACCCCAAAUGUAUCGUCUCCGUCGAUAACACCAUGAUGUCCCCCCUCCUCCUGAACCCACUUGACUUCGGUGCCGACGUCGUGUACGAAAGUGGGACCAAGUACCUCUCCGGCCACCACGAUCUGAUGGCCGGUGUCAUUGCCGUGAAUGAUACGGAGCUCGGUGAACGCCUGUACUUCCCCAUCAACGCAUCUGGAUGCGGCCUGUCACCAUUUGACUCGUGGCUGCUGCUGCGCGGCGUCAAGACCCUUAAGGUCCGCAUGGAUCAACAGCAGAGCAAUGCUCAGCGCAUUGCGGAGUUCCUCGAGUCAAAUGGCUUCAAGGUCCGCUACCCUGGUCUGCGGUCACACCCACAAUACGAAUUGCACAACUCCAUGGCGCGGGGCGCUGGUGCUGUGCUCUCAUUCGAGACGGGUGAUACAGUGGUCAGCGAGCGCAUUGUCGAAAGUGCUAAGAUUUGGGCUAUCAGUGUCAGCUUUGGCUGUGUCAACAGUCUGAUCAGUAUGCCCUGCCGUAUGAGCCAUGCUAGCAUUGACGCGAAGACGCGGGCGGAACGCGCCAUGCCUGAGGACUUAAUCCGACUGUGCGUUGGUAUCGAGGAUGCUGAUGAUUUGAUUGAUGAUUUGCGCCGCGCGUUGGUGGAAGCCGGGGCGGUCAAAGUGACUUUGGACGGUAUUGAGGCUCUUUAG